UGUUUGCAUAACAGGAGAGUAGCCGAGAUAGAGGGAGCUGGCACAAGGGAAGGAAAAGCGAGGGAGGGGGUCCAGUUGGUGCGUCUCACGGGGAGGAAGCACACAGUCAAUAACCAGGUCUCCUGCAAACAUCCAUGCGCCUACCUCUAUAAAGCUGCCGUGCUCCUGAAAGGACCCACAAAGCAAAGGGGAAAAUAUCAGCUUCAAUUCAAGUUGAGCUUCGGCACAGAGCUGCUGUGAGAGUUUGUCAGGAGUUCAUGUCUUCAGAUGACGAAAAGAGUCCAGAAAAAGUAAACCGAUAUCAACCAAGUGAACCGAAAAUGGCUGCUGCAGCAGCUCUAGAACUGGACGAGCGCUGCUUUCUGUCGGCGCAGUCGAUGCCCAAUCUGAAGGUAUCCGAUCACUUCCAGGUGGUGAAGCUCCUGGGAGAGGGAUCCUACGGAAAGGUCAUGUUAGCCGUACACAGAAAGAGAGGAACCCCGAUGGCUCUGAAGUUCUUCCCUCGUCAGUCCACCUCGCUCACCUCUUUCCUGCGUGAAUACAAUCUCUCACUUUCCUACUGCACCCAUCCGUCUCUGACAAGGGCCAUUGGCAUCUUCUUUUCCACGCCGUCCUACUACGUCUUUGCCCAGCAAGCUGGUCUAUACGGCGACCUCUACAGCGUAAUUGUGUCAGAGGUGGGGGUGGACGAAGAGUGUGUCCAGAGGCUGAUGUCCCAGCUGAGCGGUGCCGUCACACAUCUCCACACCCUGGGCUUUGUCCACCGCGACAUCAAGCCGGAGAACAUCUUCCUGUGCGACAGUUCCUGUCGUUGGGUCAAACUGGGGGACUUUGGCCUCUCCCGGGCCAUCGGCGCCACUGUUCGUGGCGUCUGGUACGAGUCUCCCUUUUGCACCCCCGAGGUGGAACCCGUCAAGGUUGCUCAGAAGGAGAAGGACUGGGAUGGGAGCGAGGAGGAGCCGGAGGACACUUGGAUAACGGUGGAGCCGUGUAUUGACAGCUGGGCCCUCGGCGUGCUCGUCUAUUGCCUCCUAACCGGCUGCUUCCCCUGGGAGGAGAGCACCCACGACGACCGCGGCUAUCGGAGAUUCAAGGAGUGGUUCGACCGAGAAGCUGUAAAGGAGGAGAAGGUGAAAGAUGGGGAGUGGAGGGGUCAGGAGGAAAUAGACAGCUACGCCGUCAUGAAGGAGAACCAAAGGGAAAACCCUCCUCCUUCACAGUUUGAGGGCCUCAGCCCGCUGGUGAUGACUCUUUUGAAGGAGCUGCUCCAUCCUGAGCCCAAACACAGAGGGAGCCCCGAGGAGAUCCUGAGCUACCUGGGAGGGCCGUGGCUGAUUGAAACCGAGAUCGAGGAGAAGAGGAAGGCCGACGAGGCAGAGAAGGAGGCCAGAAAAAUAAGAGAGGGAGGGGUAGAAGAAGAGCUGGUGAGGGAAGGAAGAGGGGAGAGAUAAGAUGUGGAUCUGUUUUUUUAUGGGUAAAUAUUUAGAUCCAAUAAAAAGAUAUAUUCUACAAGGUGGAAUAUUUUCAUAUCUUUUGGUUAGGAGCGGGCAAGUUAACAUGUUAACGACAAUUAUUUUAUACAGUAUUAAUGCAGAUUUUUAAAUUCAUUAUUAGUAUUCUGAAAGUCUGUUGCUCAUGUUGAUGUUGAUCAGUUUCACGCGUCUCUACAAAUGAGAGCAUUUGGGGGCGGAACUAAGACGGAUGCUGCGCUCACCUGAACCCAAACAGAAAAGAUGGAGACGGGUACCGAACUCUUUGAUGAACAGUUUCCUUUUAAAGCUCUCCCAGACGGCGGGUCGACAGAACUGAAAGUUAUCUUUAGCCUGCAUCACCAAAGGUGUGUUUCUUUUUCCUUUUUCUGGACUGAGAUUCUCCAUAUGAAAUCCAGUACGUGGACUUCCCAGACUAAAAAGUCUCCUGCACAGAGAAUCCCAGCUGUUACUUAGUGCUGGACCACCUAACAGGGACACUUGCUGCUCCCUGAGCAAAGAAACAUGCUGCUGCUGCUACCUGUUCAGGUUCAUGAAUGUUAACUUGCCUGUCAUAAUGUUAUGAUUGGGGCUCUGGACUCGGAGGGUAACUUGUUUUUCUAUAACAAACUAGAUAAAACGUUAAUGUCCUGGCAGUGGCAAAUAGCUAGGGUUUUAUAUUUGAUUUGAUUACAGUGAAGUUGAGAUGAGAAAUAUUAGAACUGCUACUGUAAAAAGGGAAUGCUGCUGUAAAAAAGCACCUUAUUUGUUUAGUGUUUAGUUUUUUGCACUUUUGUUAAUAUAUAGCAGUACUUAAAAAAUACAACUGCGCAAUAUUUUUGAAUUCAUUGUUGAAUCUUGCAAAUAACAAUGCGAUUUACAACAUUAAUUACAGAAAAUUAUGUAAUUAUUUGGGAUUCAAAAUUGUAACUGUCCAGCACUACUUUUUGUAUCAAUAUCCUUAUCAAAAUUACCACUUUCGUUGUAAUUGUCUAUUGUGCCGUGUAUAUGAAUAUGCGAGUCAAUGGAAAAUGCAAGGAAUGGUUGAAACUAAAACAGUGCCUUUAAUUAUCUGUAUUGCCAUUGUUACAAAAUA